AUGGACGAUAAUCAAAUAACUUGUCACACCAAGUUGAAAUUUGCUUUCUGGACAAAUAGAAUAACUCCCAAAAGGUCCAUUGGGAACUCUCCAUAUGCACUGGUUUAUGGUAAAGAGGCAAGAUUGCGUUUAUCUAUUGAGCUACCAACUCUUGAUAUAGUACAUCAUCUGGAGAUGUUUGAAGAACAAGACCGAAUGAAAGUUAUGUAUGCUCAACUCAUGGAGCUGGAAGAGAUAAGAGAUAAGGAAAUGAAGUCUAUGGAGUAUCAUCAACUCCAAACAAAAAGAGUCUUUGAUAAGAAAGCAACUCCUAAAAUGUUCAAAGAAGGUGAUGUUGUACUCAAGUGGGAUGAAUUGAAAAGUAGGCCAGUAAAGCAUACAAAGAUUUAUAACUUCUGGAGUGGCCCAUUUGAUAUUACUGAAUGCAAGGAACACAAUGCAUUCCAAUUAUCAAAGAUGGAUGGAGAAAUAUUUCCUAUCCCAGUUAAUGGGAUACACCUCAAACAAUGUUUUGAGGUUUGGGUGAAACAUGGCGGUGAGGCAAAACUUGCCAUGGUGGACGACACUACCGAUUCGUAG